AUUCACUUCCGAUUUCCGGCCAAUGGGAGCGCGGGCCGGCCACUCAGCGCCCGCCCCUUUGGCGUCGCGAGCUGCCCGGGAGAUGGGCGGGCGAGUCCAGCGCGGAAGGUGCGGCUGACCAGAUGCCGUUUGAUUGUGUGUCAGCUGGCCCGAAAUGGAAAACUUUAUCCUAUAUGAGGAGAUUGGCAGAGGAAGCAAGACUGUCGUCUAUAAAGGGCGACGGAAGGGGACGAUCAACUUCGUGGCAAUUCUUUGUACCGAGAAAUGCAAGAGGCCGGAGAUAACCAACUGGGUCCGUCUCACCCAUGAAAUUAAACACAAGAAUAUUGUAACUUUUCACGAAUGGUAUGAGACCAGCAACCACCUCUGGCUGGUCGUGGAGCUCUGCACAGGCGGUUCUCUAGAAACAGUUAUUGCCCAAGAUGAAAACCUCCCAGAAGAUGUGGUGAGAGAAUUUGGGGUUGACCUGAUUGCUGGCUUGCAUCAUCUUCACGAACUUGGCAUUCUCUUUUGUGACAUUUCUCCUGGGAAGAUACUCUUGGAAGGUCCUGGGACAUUGAAGUUUAGCAAUUUUUGCUUGGCGAAAGCGGAAGGUGAGAAUUUGGAAGAGUUCUUCGCUUUGGUGGCAGAAGAAGGAGGAGGCGACAGUGUGGAAAGUGUAUUGAACAUGAAAAAGAGAGUCCAAGGGCCCCCUGUAUACACUGCUCCAGAAAUUGUGAGGGGCGCUGACUUCUCCAUUUCCACUGACCUGUGGUCAUUCGGCUGUCUGCUCUAUGAAAUGUUUUCAGGAAAACCUCCAUUCUUCUCAGAAAGUGCUUCAGAAUUAGUUGAAAAGAUUUUAUAUGAAGAUCCUCUGCCACCUGUUCCAAAAGAUUCUUCACGUCCUAAAGCCUCUUCAGAUUUUAUUAAUUUGCUUGAUGGCUUACUUCAGAAAGAUCCUCAGAAAAGGUUAACCUGGAGCUGCGUGCUGCAGCAUCCGUUCUGGAAGGAUGCUUUCUCGAGGGAAGCUGAGGAGUCCAGCGCAGAGGAUUUCCCCGUCAGCAGCAGAAGUGCGAUGGGAAGUUCUGGACCCCAGGAUCCCAACAAGCCCUCGCAGGACCCUUCGAGUGGACGCGCUGUGGGGUCCCGGGCAGCUCAGCGACCCAGCCACACUCUCACGCCAGAAAAUCCAGCCGAGUUCCGGCCUAAGAGCACUGCUGGGGGUCAGCCGAAUGAGUCCCUGUUUCUCCUCAGUUCUCGUCCCACCCCAAGGACCAGCACCGCUGUGGGGCUGAGCCCCAGAGAGGACGCUACUCAGAGUUCACCACAGAAGGCCUCUCCCUCAGCCAAGAUCACAAGUGUGCACCUGAGCCGGGAAGCACUGGAGUCACAGAUGAGAGCUCUCAUCUACAUGGACUCAGACCUGGUUGUCACCCCAGUCAUCGACAACCCGAAGAUAAUGAAGCAACCGCCAAUUAAAUUUGAUCCAAAAAUAUUGCAGCUACCAGCACGUUCAGUUGAUAAGCUAUUAUUUCUGAAGGACCAAGAUUGGAACGACUUUUUGCAGCAAGUGUGCUCGCAGAUCGACUCCACUGAGAAGAGCACGGGGGCCUCCCGAGCCAAGCUGAAUCUCCUCUGCUAUUUGUGCGUGGUGGCCGCUCACAAGGAGGUCGCCCCCAGACUCCUCCAUUCUCCUCUGUUCCAGUUGCUAAUCCAGCAUUUGCGAAUAGCUCCAAACUGGGAUAUACGGGCCAAGGUGGCGCGGGUGAUCGGUCUCCUGGCCUCGAACACGAGUGAGCUCCAGGAAAACACACCUGUUAUCGAGGCAAUUACACUCUUAACUGAAUUGAUCAGGGAGAAUUUCAGGAACAGCAAAAUGAAACAGUGCCUUCUCCCAGCCCUCGGGGAGCUGAUCUACCUCGUGGUCACCCAGGAAGAGAAGAGCAGGCUGCCCCGGCAGUGCUGGGCCGUCCCCCUGGCCACGUACACCGUGCUGACGAGGUGCCUGCGGGAAGGGGAAGAGCGUGUUGUGAAUCACAUGGCAGCAAAGAUCAUUGAAAACGUGUGCACCGCCUCCUCUGCACAGCCCCUGGGCGUCAUCCCAGGGGAGGUCGGGCCUGCUCUGUGGCACCUGUUCCGACGUGCCCCCAUCGACUCCCUCAGGGUAACGGCAGUGUCGGCCCUGUGCCGAGUCUCUCGCCAGUGUCCCGCCGCCUUCCAGAGCGUGAUCGAGAAGGUGGGACUACCCUCCGCAACCCACGCCCUGGCCACGGCCAUCUGCAGGGCCCAGCAGUGCCUCCUGACCCUGUUCUCCACCCUGCUGUCCUGCGGGAUCCACCUCCAGAGGCUGGCCCAAGACAAGGAUUUUGUCUCUACGAUUAUCCGUUUACUCGACAGCCCGUCGACGUGCAUCCGAGCGAAAGCCUUCCUGGUGCUUUGCUAUGUCCUCCUUCACAGCCGCGAGAUGCUGCUGCUCAGCUGCCAGGCACGGCUGGUGAUGUACAUCGAGAGAGACAGCAGAAAGACCACUUCGGGCAAGGAGCAGCAGAGCAGCAGCAAAUACCUGUCCAGAUGCCUGGAGCUGCUCAUCUGCCACAUCACCCAGGAGCUGCCUCGGAUCCUGGGUGACAUUCUGAACGCCUUGGCCAGCGUCUCUGGUCGGAAGCACCCAUCCACCGUCCAAGGGAAGCAGCUGAAGACAUGCCUGCCCCUGAUGCCAGUUGUACAUCACCUCCUCACUUCUCAGGUAUUUCGACCGCAAGUUGUAACGGAGGAGUUUCUUUUCAGUUAUGGAAUGAUUCUUAGUCAUAUCAGGUCAAUAGACUCAGGAGAAAGCAACAUAGAAGGAGCUGUGGGAUCGGCAGCAUCAGAAGAAUUCAUCAAGAUCACGCUGUCAGCCUUCGAAGCCAUCAUACAGUACCCCGUGCUGCUGGAAGGCCACCUCGAUACGGUCCUGGAGUACAUCCUGCCACCCCUGGUCUCCCUGGUUCAGAGCCAGAACGUGGAGUGGAGGCUCUUCAGCCUGCGGCUGCUCUCGGAAACCGCGUGCCUGCUGGUGGACCUGGCGGCUGGGGAUGGCGAGGAGGAGGAGGCCGCCGGCGGCUGUGAGCACAGCCUUGUGGCGCUGGUGCGCGAUGUCCUGCUGCCGCAGUACAAACACAUCCUCACCGAGCCCGACCCGGUGCCCGCCUACUCGCUGAAGCUGCUUGUGGCCCUGACAGAGCACAACCCGAGCUUCACCAGACUUGUGGAAGAAAGCAAACUGAUCCCACUCAUUUUUGAAGUGAUACUGGGGCAUCGGGAGAACAUUCUGGGUAACACCAUGCAGAGUGUGAUCGCCUUGCUCAGCAACCUGGUCGCCUGCAAGGACUCGAAUAUGAAGCUGCUCUACGAGCAAGGACUCGUGCAUCACGUCUGUAGCCUGUUCACUGCAGCCGCCACGCUGUGCUUGGAUGUGGACAAUAAGCACAGCGCUGAGGUGGCAGCCACCCUGCUGUUCUCGCUGCUAGACAUUCUGCAUGGCAUGCUGACCUACAUGUCUGGUGUCGUGCGGCUGGCACUGCAGGUGCAGAAGUCCAGCUCGGGAGGGGACACGCAGGCGGCGGAAGACCUGCUGCUGCUGGGCAAGCCCCUGGCCGCCUUGGCCAGCCUGCUCAUCCCGCUGCUUCCUGGCGAGGACCCUGAGGUUUUUGAGGUCUCCUCCAAGUGCCUAUCCAUCCUGGUUCAGCUGUACGGGGCGGAGAUCCCAGACAGCCUGUCCCCUGAGAACACAGAGAGCUUCGCUCGUGUGCUGGCCUCCAAGGGUCCGAAGGAUCAGAAGCUCCUGCUGCGGAUCCUCAGGAGGAUGGUGAGAAAAUGCGAAUGCUGAAGAUGAUGAACGGCAGAUUGCGUAAGAUGUGGAGAAGAUCCGUGCUGUGAGGAAACGACCUUCACAAAUCACGUUUAUCAUGGUGUAGUGUGGAACUAGGAAGUCCAUGCCAGGGGCCUAGAAAGUGGACCCGUGAAACAGCACAGAGAAUUUGUGUCCACGUUAGUGAUGGCAACACAGACAAAGUCACCUACACCUUAUUUUUGGGGAGGGCCUGUGUGGCCUCGAGAGAGGGUGCCAUGGUGACGCUGCCUUUUCUUUCAGCGGGGGGAGGGGGAGCUGCAUAAAGAAAAAUUACACUGAUUCAUUGAACUUGGGUAAAGUGCCGUGGCCCUGUCCUCCGUAGUGAGACUGCUCCCCGGAGAAACUCACAGGCUUCACGUGUGCACCAGAACCUCCGUGGGGAAAGCAGGAAGGAGGGAGGGAAAGAGAACUGAACCCCUGCAGGGGAGCCAGCACCGAGAUAAACUAGGAGUACGAAAGAAUCCUUUGCUUACAUGGAGUGUGCAGCCCAGAGGAAGAGAGAUUCAUCCCGGGUUAUUAAAAAUGUCCUCUGAGAAACCCUGGAAUAAUGGUGCUGGCCAAGGGUGGGAAGCUGCCCCAGCAGCCCUGAGCUGAGGCCUUGCUAGGUUGGGGUCCCUGGAUGGGAAGGGUCCCUGCAAUCAGCUCCGGGCAAGGGGGAGCGGGUCCUGCUGCAUGCCGGCACCAGCGGGAGGCUCCUCCGGCAGGCCAGGGUCCAGGACCCACUUGGAGUCCUCCUGAAACGUGGGAGCAACUUGCUGUGGCAUGGGCUCUCCAAGGAGCGCCCUGGUGGGCACCAGAAGCGAAAGAGUCCUCCUGCCCGCAGGGAGAGGGCCUGAGACAGGGAUACAGGGAGACACGCAGGGCAGGGCCACUUCCACCCUCGCUGGGCUCCGAUGUCCUUCAAGGAGAAACUCACCUGUUUCUCCGUUCUGAGUGUGUAUAAGGGGCCAGGAGCCUGGCGUGGCACACUGUGACCCUGGACUUCACAUCAUGUCACUGUAGCCCUUCUGUGGUGCUGGGGACGUGGCCCUGCCCUCUGUGUCUGGGAGGAACUGGGUUUAUCUUCAUUUAAUUGCAGCAGCCACAUGAGCCUGGUAACCGCUUUUGAGACUGUGCUGGACGGGUCAACCCCUGUGGGCCAGAGAGACGUCAGCCGACACUGCUCGGAUGGAGAGUAAACAAUGCCACCGGGCUCGCGGGCGGCCGGGGGGAGCCCAGGGGGACCUCUCCUGCCCCUUUCCUGUCUCUGAGGUGGUUUGCAUUGCUUUGGCCUGAAUUUUGUACUUGCAGCCUCCUAAUAAUAUCCGAGCACCUCACAGCCAAAUAGGUUGGGGGAAAAAAGAACAGAAAAACAAUACUACGUUUCUGUCUUUAGUAAUUUGAAGAGCGAGCAUUAAAAACUCAGUCAGACA